AUGGACGUCGUCCUCGAGCUCGCAGACACCUUCCUCUUCGACCGCCUCUGGGCCAACCUCCUCCCCAUCAACCCGGCCGUCGCCAACUUUGACCCCAUCUCCACCAUCACCGCCGGCUUCAAGGGUUUCGAUUAUAAUGCCACAUACAACGCCGCCUCUUCCGCAGCACUAGCAGGCGAUGCGAGUCUGGCCCGGUCAGCAUGGAGUUUCCAACCUUCGAGCGAGUGGUUUAGUGUGCAGCCGAGUGAAUUUGCGUGGAUGAGUCGGUGGGAUCGGGAUAAUGUGUGGCGGCAGAUGUUGACAUUAUAUGUGAUUACUUGGUUCUUCGGCGCCGCCAUCUACUUCCUCUGCGCCACCCUCUCCUACCUCUUCGUCUUCGACAAAACCACCUUCAACCACCCCAAAUACCUCAAGAACCAAAUCCGCAUGGAAAUCGCCCAGACCCAACGCUCCAUCCCCAUCAUGGCCGUCCUCACCGUCCCCUUCUUCCUGCUCGAGGUCCGCGGUCACGGCUACAUGUACGACGACGCCCUGGCGCCAGGCUUCACCCACCCCAUGCUCAGCCUCUUCGGUUCCUGGUAUAACUGGAUCCAAUUCCCGCUCUUCAUCAUGUUCACCGAUUGCGGCAUCUAUUGGAUCCAUCGCGGGUUGCACUCCAAAAUGCUAUAUAAACGCCUGCACAAACCGCAUCAUAAAUGGAUCAUGCCCACGCCCUUCGCCUCCCACGCUUUCCACCCGCUCGACGGCUACGCGCAGAGUGUGCCCUACCACCUCUUCCCCUUCCUCUUCCCCCUGCAGAAAUUCGCCUACAUCGCCUUAUUCACCUUCAUCCAGAUCUGGACCGUCAUGAUUCACGAUGGGGAGUAUGUGGCCAAUAGUCCCGUGAUCAACGGGGCGGCGUGUCAUACCAUGCAUCACCUUUAUUUCAAUUAUAAUUAUGGGCAGUUUACUACGUUGUGGGAUCGGUUGGGCGGGAGUUAUCGCCAGCCGAACCCGGAGUUGUUUGAGAAGGAGAAGAAGAUGAGUGAGGUGGAGUGGUCGAGGCAGAGUCAGGAGAUGGAGAAGAUGGUUGUGGAGGUUGAGGGCAGGGAUGAGAGGACUUAUGGGACGGAGGAGCCGUUGCUGGGGAGUAAGAAGGUGCAGUAG